UCUGGAACCAGGGUACGACAAUCGGCUUCUCGUGUGCUCUCGAGGGCUCAGAUUACGGGCUCAGAUUACGUCACGCUCAGACGAGUUUCGAUAUUAUUUCCGGUGUGGUUUCGUAGAAAUGCAGUAGAAAUCCUUCAUUUACAAAAAGCGUAAAAACUUAUAAGAUAAGAUCGGUACCUAAAGAAGCUUCAGAAUGGAUUUUCCCAGUCAAGGAUCCGACCAGGAUCAGCACACAGCAAAUAGCAUAGCAGCUAGAGUUCUUACUUCCAUAUCGGCUUCACUUUCCAUGUUUGGCGCUCUGGUGAUUAUUCUUACGUAUUUUGCGUGGAAAGACAUCAGAACUGUCUCCAGGCAAAUCCUUGUCUUCAUAUCUAUCGCUGACUUUCUAACAGCUUUCGGUAAUAUGAUGUCUGCUUUAUGGCGCGAAAGAAGUGAUUCUGACACCCCUUGCGUAGUGCAAAGCUUCAUCACGACUUGCUCAAGUCUUUGGUCAUUCUUCUGGACGACAUUUCUUGCUCUGUUUCUUAACGUUAUGAUUGUCAAACGCAGACCAGUGCUUGCAGAAAAAGCGAUGUUUUUGUUCCACUUAUUCGCGUGGGGACUACCCCUUGUAAUUACCAUCACUGCCGCGACUUGGAAAGGAAACAAAAUCAAUGGUACUAGUUACAGGGGGGUGCUUGGAAACUCCAAGGAUCAAGGUUCGGCCGGGUGGUGUUGGAUACGGCAUGACUUACCGAAGAAAGAGAUUGUCACAUGGAUGCUAGUCACUGGAAAAGCUUGGGAAAUUGCUGCGUAUAUUUUGAUAACAUUACUUUAUUUUAUACUCAAAUACUACAUCCAUCAGGAGGUCUACCACAGGAGUCAGCAUUUCACCCCUGAAAGUUAUUUGGAAGCUGCUAUGAGGGCCGACCGGAAGUUAACAUUCGUCCCAGUAAUUUUUUUAUUACUUCGCAUAUGGGGAACAACACGGUUUUUGCUGUACGCAUUUGGGGAUACCACGCAUAACGAGACAUGGAUGGUGUACCUACAGGGUAUUGGAGACAGUGGACAAGGCUUUGCAAACUUUCUUCUCUUUUGCUGUCUGACAGAAAGGUUCAAAACCAGGCUAUGGAAAGCCUUUAUGAUAUGGUUUGAAUGUUGUAGAAGGUGGAAAUCUCCAGGAGAGACAUCAAGUCAUACAGUCUACCGCAACAAAGGUGUGCAUAAAGGGCUAGAGAGGAAGGUCAAUGAUGAAAGAUCACCAUUACUAGCAAGCAUGGAAAACCAUCCCCCAAACAUACUGAGGGACAAUAACUGAGAUCUUAUGAUUGAUUGAAACAGGGAAUUCAAUUACAAGGAUUCAAGCUAUUAUUUGAAAUGUUAUGUUAUCAGUGGUGAAGCCAUAAGCCAUCCUUUAAGUAUAAAGGAUUUUUAGAUAGUUUACACCCUUUUCUAUCUAUCCUGUAGUAACAGAUUGUUGGUUGAAUCAUGAGCCACAUCCUUGGUACAUAAUAAUAGCCAUUAAUAAUAAGGGCCAUUUGUAAAGCUUUAGGCAGUGUAGCUGUUGAACAUACCUAAUUGGUGUUUAUUUUAAACAGUAUGUUAGACUAAACAAUGUUGAAUAUUAAAUGUAAGUGAAAUACAUAGGUGGAUGGUCAUCAAAAUGACAGCAUUUAAAUGUUUAAAUUGAAAAAAACAUUUGAAUAUCCUUGUAAUUAAGCAUGUAAACAUUUUAGUGAAAACAAAUUGAAUGGAUUUUUAAACUGUUAAA